UGUCGAUGGUCACUACGAAUGCUUCGAAGCGUUUCGAAAACGGUCAAUUUAGCACUUCGGAACACUUCGGCAGUAUUGAUGACAUCUUUGAAACGUCACAGAUUUCCCCCUCUAUUUCGCUUCCAAUGCUGCAGCCGGAGAGGUAGUACGGCUGAAGCAUUUUUUGAAUUAUCUCAAAGCGCGGGAAAUUGAUCGUAUUCAGGCACGUUGGGAAGCAAGGCGAACUUGGUUGAGGUUACACAAGGUUACAGGAGCUGUUAGGCUCAACAAGCAAUAAGUAGGAUUGUAUACUGAUAAUAGUCCCAACACUUUUUGGUUUGCAAACAAAGAAUUAUAUGAAACCUCGCCUAAUACCUAACCACCUAAAUAAAGUGCAAAAAAUGCCGAAUUUAACUUUAUAUGAUCAUACGUCACAACAUACAUAUAUUUUAGAAGUCUCGAAUGAAGUUUUUACAAAAGCUAAUGCAGAUCCGUUGUACGCAACGCGUCUUUUACAAGAAAAAUUAAAUACAACUAACAUAGUCGAUGAAUCAGCUUCUACAUCUUCUUCUAUUAAUAGUACUGACUACGGGAGUGCUGAAGAGAAAACGCAACAAGUUUCUCUUGAGAAAACAAAUUUUGAUGAAAAAGAUGGCUUUCGUUGGCCUCACGAAGCAAUUUUAUUGCUUCUUGAAAUUUAUAAAGAUCAAGAAAAUAAAAUAACAUCUGGCAAAAUGUCAGUUAAAAAGUUUUGGAACAUGGUUACCAAUUUAUUGCUUGAAAAGGGUUACCAAGUAACUGGUAUUCAAUGUAAAAGCAAAAUGGCUGGAUUAAAAAACACUUAUAAAAGUGUUAAGGACCAUAAUGCAAAGAGUGGCAAUCAUCCUCGGAUAUGGCAAUAUUUUAAUAUUAUGGAUGAAAUAUUUAAUAAAAAACCGUGGAUAUCUCCAAUGUCUACAUUGGAUUCUGACAAACCAAUUCCGCCAAUUUCUUUCGAAGAAGAUUGUGAUAUUGAAAAUGUCCCUGGUUCCUCUUCAACAAAAACCAGAUUACCUAUGAAACGGAAAAGGCCUACUACAUUGGAAAAAGUGCUCGAAGAAAAUACAAUUGCACGCAAAAAGAUGCACGAAGAAACAAUGGUGCGGCAGGAUAAAUUGCUUGAUCUUUUAAGUAAACUGCUCGACAAAUAAUAUGAAAUUCACUUAUUUUAAAGACUGAUUAUAUUAUAAAGACUGAUUGUAAUAUACACGGCAUCAUUAAUGCCAAGCCAUACUAACUGUACUACUCCAGAAUAUGUCUUUCUUUCUAUAUGGAA